AUGGCACCGAGUGCGCCCCAGCUCCCAGUGAAGUUUCCGUGUUGGUGUCGAGCAGUCUAUUCCUGGGGAGGAGAGACAACGCGAGAUCUCGGUUUUGUCGAAGGCGACUUGAUCGAAUGCUUGAAUGCUGGAGAUGGACAAUGGUGGAUGGGGCGUUUGCGCCGCGAUAGGCGUGCCGUUGGGCUCUUUCCGUCCAACUUUGUUGAGCUUAUGAGCAAGGACUUUGUUCCUGUUAGUCGCGAUACAAGUCCAAUGGUAUUGGCCGGGUCUUCGCCUAUCAACAAUCCAACAUCAGCCCCGAAAAAGACCAAGACGGUCUUUCGCAAACCUUUCCAGGCGCACAAGGAGGGUCUGUCACCAGCCUCCCAGAUGGCACGGAGUGGAUCCAAUACUCCCGUGAAGAGCUCAAUUCCACAGACACCACCUCGAGCUGGCAGUGUACCGAGGAAGGUCAAGCCCCUGCGCACGCAUGCAUCUGCAGUCAAGAACCAGGGAUCACUAUCUCGCCCGUCGUCGGUGUCUUCUCGUCCUUCGUCGCGCGGGGUGUCUGUGUCUCCUCGUACAUCGAUGGAGCCUGAGAGAUCUCCAUCAACUAUGAUGCACCGUGGCAGUAUCUCGUCCUCACGCCCGUCCUCGCGCGAAGUUUCACCUAUGCCCCGGGAAGUUUCCCCAAUGCAACCUUCACCGAUGCACCGUGCCGUUUCUCCUAUGCCUCAUCGCGCUGUCUCUCCGAUGCACCAUCCAGCCUCCCCGAUGCAAAAUCCUCCUUCUCCGAUGCAUAACAAUUAUCAUCACCGCGAAAUCUCGCCCAUGGAGCGUGAAGUAUCACCAAUGCAGUUGCAGAGGCGCGAGGAAUCUCCUCCACCGCCGCCGCCACCUCCCCAUCGAGUCGCUCUCACUCGCGCUCCUUCGCACUCCCCUCAACCGCCUCAGCAUCAUCAUUUUCACCAGCGUGCUCAUUCUCCUCAGCCACCUCAACCACCUCGAUCUCCACAGCCUCCCAUGCACCAGCAGCAGCGCCAUUUGCGUUCUCCACAGCCCCCUACGCAUGCUCCGCGCCCUUCGCGCUCUCCGACGCCUUUGAAUAUGAACGACCGCUAUGUUAUAUUCGCACGAACGCCAUCGCCCGGAGCAGCAUCCACCCACUCCGUCCACUCCGCAGUCUCGGCUCAGUCAGACAUGAAUGGAAAUACGCCCUCCCCAUUGAGGGAUGCAAUGGAAGACGUUAUGACUUCAUUGGAGGACAUGGGGCUUCCUCGCGAACCGCCCUCGCCAUCCCCACGACAAGCCCCGUCUCCUUCACCUCCACCCCCAACGUUUAACAACCCUUGGUCUGCAGAUGACUAUAAUGAGAUGAAUGACCGAACUCCGCCUGCACGUAGACGGCCUUUGACGUCGCUCGGUUUCGACGGGCAUAAAGAGCAACUCCGUGGCCUUUCGGCCCAGCGAAACAGCGUCUAUUCACAUGACCACUACAUGGAUGGUCCACCUCAACUGAACAAUUACGUGCAAAGGAUGGAGAGUCGCCUGCGGCAAUUAGAGGACCAGAAUCGACCACCCGAGGACGAGGGAGGUGGCGCCGAGGAGGAUCAACCCCCGCCGCCGCCUCCAAAACAUGCAAGCUACCACCCACGACACAAUUCCAUUGCAGGCCAGUACGCGCAAGCCCGGUCUGGGCAAGAUCAAAGGAGUGACAUACUCAACCGAUCUUUCACCAACAAGUCGAGUGCAACUACAUCCAGUGGUGUACAGAGCGUCGGGACUACCAUGACUAGCAGUACGGAUAAGACGAGCCAAAGCUUGAUGAGCGGUAUCUCCGCUGGUGGUUUCAGUGCAACCAGUGCCGGUAGUUAUGCUAGGCGGAACGGAGCUCACCAGCGGCCAAACACUGCCAUGGAUACUGUUCGUUCGCGGGGCUUCAGUGAUGCUGGAAACCUCGAUAGGCCAGAGACCCCACUGACAGGAAUCUCCUACCACUCUAGCCACAACACGUCUCGUCAGGGAGCCUCGUCUGCCAUUCCUUGGUCCUCUGCAGACAAUGAUGCGGGAGAUUCUGGUGGAGUAUUUGGUGGUCUUUCAACGCCCAAGACUAAAAAGCAAGGCUUCUUCAAGAAGAUCUUCGAGUCUGCCAAGACAGGUGCUGCGAGCGCGAGAAGUAGCAUUUCGGUUGGCCAUAGCUCCCCUUCUCCAACCAAGGGAAACAGGGUACUUGAUGUUGUGUCGCCUCUCCUCACUAGCCAUUCCAAUCGUGAAACGGCGCGAGACAUGGGCAUGAGUGCCAGCUCCAUUGACUGGGUGCAAGUCCGUCGAGAUGUCAAUCGGGCAUCAUCACCCAGUCGGAACGAGAGAAUUGAAAGGGCUGAGCGGUGCCAGAUGAUGGAUCAUCCGGUCAUCUAUGCCAUCGAGGAACUGUACGACACUGCGGAAGGUGACGAGAGCAUCGAUGGACUACCGAUCAGUGAGCCCACGAAUUUCAACGCCGGGAACCUCACUCUUGUCGACAAGAGUGCGCGGUUUAUUAAUAGUAUUCCGCCACUCACCAAUCCUGUGAGCCUUGCUCAGGGUUACAUUUGCCGACCAUACAAGAGCGAUGUCCAGCGUCUGCGGGCAAUCUUCACCUGGGUCAGCGAGAAGAUUGCAUGGGAGGAGCCUGUUGACGGGGUUGAGGUGGACAUGAAGCGAGUGCUUCAGGCUAAACGGGGCAGCCCUCAAGAAAUUGCUUAUUUGGUGCAUGAAAUGUGUGCAGCCGUCGGUCUGCAUGCUGAGACGAUUCGUGGCUUCCUAAAGAAUCCCGUUGAUUCCCUUGAUCUUGACAGUCUCUCUCGUCCCAAUCACUGGUGGAAUGCGGUCCUGGUUGAUGGGGAGUGGCGCAUUAUGGACUGCGCGCUAGCGAACCCUACGAACCCCCAGCGGAGCAAGUUUGUCACCAACAACAUGUCGAUCGCCGAAAACUGGUACUUCCUCGCCCGGCCUCUCGACAUCUGCUUCACCCACGUUCCACUUUACCCUGAAGAGCAGCACAUCUGUCCUCCUAUCUCGCCAGAUGUCUUACUAGCUCUGCCGGGUGUAUGUCCGCAAUUCUUCAAGCUUGGUGUACAGUUCCCAGAUUACGAUACUAGCUUGAUGCGCAUCGACGGUCUCGAAUGCGUUCAGAUCCGCUUAGUGGUUCCUGCCGACGUCGAAUGUGCCGCCGAGGUCGAAGCCCCCGCGUUUGCUUGCGAUGCAGACGGGGACUUCUUUGAAAGUGGUGACAUUGUCCGCAAGCGCGCCCUGGUUCAACCAGACUGGUUCAGUGGUCAAAAACGGAUCACUAUCAAGGCUGUCCUGCCAGGAGAUGAAGGACAGGGUGUGCUGAAGAUCUAUGCGGGCAAGAAGGGCCUCAUGCACACCGGCCGCGACAUUCCUCACCCAAUGGCCCUUGCUCUUCCGAUGGUGCACACGGGAGAAAACCCGCCAUAUGACUUUGUCCUGCGUCAUCCCACGCCUCACGCCCAACGCCAUGAUCUGUACAUCAUGCAACCCCAGUGCUCUCGGCUUGCGGUUAACAAUACCUUCGUCUUUGCUGUGCGACAGCAUCCUUCCUCGCCUCAACCCCCGCCCAAGGAUGACUACAACGGCACCGGACGAGCUUCUCCAUCAGUGUUUACCCGCCCGUCCAGCGCCCUUAGCAUGGUAUCCAGUACCGCUGGUGCCUCGACAAUAUCGAGCAACUCCAACGAGUUCUCUGCAUCGACGUCUGCCAUUUCCUCGACCAGAUCUGCGUCUGGCCGCGACAAGCCGGCGAAAUUGGCCAUCCAGGCGCCCUCUGGCAAGAUCUUGCGUCUUACCCGGAAAGCAGACCACAUGAUUAGCUCGCCCGAUCCCAAUGGCUGCUCUGUUACCGAUGCUCCCGCCGAGGGCAGUAUAUGGGAAACGGUCAUCAAGAUUGGUGAGCGGGGCACCUGGCGUGGCCUGGUGCUUGCUGACCGAGUUGCACGAUGGUGUGUGUUUUGCGAGUGGGAGUGUGUGUGA